CCGGAUACCGCAGCACGGCAGCACCAUCUACUCGGGCCUCGGGGUUACCGGGUUAGGCAUAUGCAGGCAGUCAGGGAAGCGAGGGUGCCACACACACAGCACAGACCCACACACGCGGGCGCGCUAGCUAGUGAGAGUCGGAGAUGUCGCCGCGGCCACACUUCCUCGUGCUCACCUUCCCUUUCCAGGGCCACAUCGCCCCGGCUCUCCGCCUCGCCAGGCAGCUGCUCGCGGCGGCGCCCGACGCGCUCGUGACCUUCUCCACCACCGAGGUCGCGCACAGGCGCAUGUUCCCGGCAAAGCCCAACGACGGCGCCAAGGACUCCGACGAAGACGGCCGCCUCGAGUUCCUCCCGUUCUCCGACGGCACGGAGGCCGGGUACGUCCGGAGCGCCGACCUGGGCUCGUUCAACGCCUACAUGGCGUCUUUCCACGCCGCGGGGGCGCGCAGCGCCGCGGAGAUCGUGGACGCGCUCGCGGCGCGGGGCCGCCCCGUGUCCCGCGUCGUGUACACGCUGCUCCUCCCGUGGGCGGCCGACGUCGCGCGGGACCGCGGGAUCCCGUCCGCGCUCUACUGGAUCCAGCCGGUCUCCGUGUUCGCCAUCUACCACCACUACUUCCACAGCCACGCCGGCGUCGUCGCCGACCACCUUCACGACCCGUCGUUCGUCGUGGAGAUGCCGGGCCUGGCGCCACAGCCGGUCGGCGACCUGCCGUCCUUCCUCACCGACUCCACCGACCCUUCCAAUAUGUUCCACAGCGUCUUCACCACGAUCCGAGACCUGAUCGAAACGCUUGACAAGGAAAGCCCCAGGUCCACUGUCCUCGUCAACACGUGCCGAGAGCUCGAGGUGGGCGCGCUCGCCGCCGUGGGGGCGCACCACGACGUGCUCCCCGUCGGCCCGGUGCUCCCAUCCGGCGGCGACGCCGGCAUCUUCAAGCAGGACGACGACGCCAAGUACAUGGAGUGGCUCGACGCCAAACCGGCGAAUUCCGUGGUGUACGUCUCCUUCGGCAGUCUGACCACGGUGGCGAGAGAACAUCUCGAGGAGCUGCUCCGGGGCCUUGAGGAGAGCGGCAGGCCGUACCUCUGCGUCAUCCGGAAGGACAACAAGGCUGCACUCGCGGAUGCCGAGACGAAGGUAGACGAGGAGCUCAAGAACGGCAUCGUAGUGGAGUGGUGCGACCAGGUGCGGGUGCUGUCGCACGCGGCGGUCGGGUGCUUCGUGACGCACUGUGGCUGGAACUCGGUGCUGGAGAGCCUGGCGGCGGGGGUGCCCAUGGUGUGCGUGCCCCGGAUGUCGGACCAGCGCACCAACGCUCAACUUGUCGUGCGCGAGUGGCGCGUCGGCGUGCGCGCGCAGGUGGACGAUGGUGGCGUGCUGCGAGCGGCGGAGGUGCGGCGGUGCAUCGACGAGGCGAUGGGGAAUUUGGAGGCCGCCGCGGAGGUGCGACGCAUGGCGGCGGAGUGGAAGCAGGUAGUGACAAAGGCCAUGGGAAAAGGAGGGUCGUCGGAUCGUAAUCUCAUGACGUUCGUGGAUGGCGCGAGGAACGCCGUUUGAAGAUUGGCAUGUGUUUCUUUCUUUCUUCACGUUCGGUUACACCAAUCCAGAAAAAGAUUAGCUUGUUCGGUUACAUUAAUCCAAAAGAGGAUUGGUUACAUCAAUCAACCAAUCCUAUUCUGAAUUGGUGUAACCGAACAAACCAUAAGUGGUCAAAGGCGGAUGGCUUCCGGCCAUUGACGUACGGGGUCAGACAACCGCUGGCUCCACGCGUUAUUGACUGCUCCACAACUACUUUUCUAGAAGUUACGGUAUAGGAUCCAGUUGUGUUAACUGUGGACAUUAUGUUGUCAGUAGCUGUUAAGCUUUUC